AAACCUUCGAGAAACUGCAUUCAACUGCAGUUUGUGGACUUAACUCAGCACCAGUGUGUGGAAGACUCGCAAGUGAACAACACCUCAACGUACUCAUUCUUACAAGACAUGGCCGCGUUGCAGCUUGUUAUUACAUUGGCUUUUCUCGCCUGGGCUCAAGCCAACUGCCCGUACCCGAACGGCUAUUUCCCCGAUGCCUCUCGAUGUGACAAGUUUUUGGAAUGUCGUGACGGCGUUGCCGAAGAGGUUACCUGUCCCGAUGGUCUUCUGGUGAACGAAAAAGCUGCUGCUUUCCGCUACCCAUGCGACUAUCCCACUGAAGUCGACUGCGGCAAGAGAACUGAACCUCCUGCGUCUCAAUCGUACGGUAACUGCGCCAGAAAGUGGGGUAUGUUCAAGAUUGGAGAUAGCUGCGGUGACUUUGUUAAUUGCGUCGAUGGAGUUGAGCACGUAUUCAAGUGUCCCGAAGGAUUAGCCUGGCACCCGACUCUUUGGCGCUGCGAAUGGCCAGACCAAGUGCCCACUUGCAACGUGGAAGCAUUCCUUGGCUUCAAGUGCCCAACUGUUGAUGAAUACGUCGCUUCCACCAACCCCGUCUACCCCCACCCGAGUGACUGCGCCCGAUAUUUCGUCUGCGUCGAGGGAAACAAACCACGCCUGCAGAUUUGCGGAGCUAGAACGGUAUUCGACAAGGCUAUUGGCGCCUGCGGAGCACCUGAGAACGUGCCAGCUUGUGCCAACUACUACCCACCGGAACCAAAAGAGACCACCUACUGAAAACGCUUCCAUAAAAAUCUAUAGGCCGCAACUUGUAUAGCAGGGUCAAGGGAAAAAUUGCGAAUCGAAAUGGAUGAAGAGCGGGUCGUAUUAACGUAUUGUUCUGUCAUAUGGUUUACAUCGAAUACACAGUCUUUUGUCUAA